GAAGGAGACGAAGAAGUAGAAGCAGAAGUAGAAGAAGAAUAUUUUUUUUUGUAUCUGUUUCAACAUGCGGUUAUAGCGGCUGCAUUGUAAACGUUCGGCACUCCGAUGUUAUCGUGGCUUUCGCCGUUAUCGCGAGAAAUCACGGGGGCACGCUCACCUGACGUCCGUCUGACAGCGAGCCGUGCGUGGAGUUUUCCCAGUCCUGAUGGUGAAUAGCUACCGCGGCGGCAUCGGGCGGAGAAGAAGCCGCAGAAGGGGGAAUCAGCGGUGGCUGGCGAGCAGCGAUCUCAGAGUUAGUUUUUUGUAAGAUCUGACGACAUUACCCUACGUCCACUUGGAGAUCCUUAAAACGCAUAAAAGAAGGUUAGGGUGAAAAAUAAAGAAAGAUGGCGGCCGCGGCCUCGCCGGGCUCUGGCUCUGGCUCGUCCGCCUCCUCAGACUGGGUUGUGUUAAGAGACGGCUGCCUGCGGUGCGACGAGGAGGGCCUGCGGAGCCUCUCCUACCACCCGGCCCUCAACGCUAUCCUGGCCGUAACCAGCCGGGGCAGCAUCAAAGUCAUCGACGGCACUUCUGGAGCCAUUCUCCAGGCUUCCGCCUUGCACGCUAAACCGGGGGGUCGUGUCAGGUGUCAGUACCUCCUCGCUGUCGACAAGGUGCUUUUCGUUGACGAUUACGUUGUGGGAUGUAGGAAGGACUUGAAUGGCAUCCUACUUCUGGACACAGCCCUUCAGCCUCCGGUUUCCAAGCCUGAGGAUUUAGUCCAGCUGGAGUUGCCCGUCACAGAGGCCCAGCAGUUGCUGUCUGCAUGUCAAGAGAAGAUUGACGUGUCCAAUACAGAGGGUUAUGACCUUUUCAUCUCUCAGCUCAAAGAAGGCUUGAAGAAUACCUCGCACGAGACAGCAGCUAACCACAAAGUGGCCAAGUGGGCAACAGUGACCUUUCACCUGCCCCACCAUGUGCUGAAGCUGGUGGCCAGCGCCAUAGUCAACGAACUGAAGAAGAUCAACCAGAACGUGGCUGCACUGUCUGUGGCCUCCUCUAUCAUGGACAGGCUCUCCUACCUCUUGUCCAGUGCCAGGCCCGAGCUGGGGGUCGGCCCUGGGCGCUCUGUAGAUAGGUCAUUGAUGUACAGUGAAGCCAACCGGAGGGAGACGUUCACAUCGUGGCCCCAUGCAGGUUACAGGUGGGCUCAGCCUGACCCCAUGGCACAAGCUGGAUUUUACCACCAGCCUGCCUCCACAGGUGAUGACAGAGCCAUGUGCUUCACCUGCAGCGUCUGCCUCGUCUGCUGGGAGCCCACCGAUGAGCCAUGGUCCGAACAUGAACGGCAUUCUCCUAACUGUCCAUUUGUGAAAGGCGAGCACACACAGAACGUGCCGUUGUCUGUGACCUUGGCCACCAGCCCCGCCCAGUUCCCCAGCAGCCCUGAUGGCUCGGACAAGAUUGCCUGCUACGGCUUCGGUAGCUGCCCUCAUUUUCUCGCUGCCGCCACCAAGAGGGGCAAGAUCUGCAUCUGGGAUGUAUCCAAGAUGAUGAAGGUGCACUUGAAGUUUGAAAUCAACCCGUAUGAUCCAGCAAUCUUGCGGCAGCUGAUCCUGUGUGACAGUGAGCAGAGCCAGCAGACUCUUACAGAGUCCCGAAGACCAACCCUGGCCUGGCUGGAGGAGUCUUCCACCUGCUCUGACCUCCCCAAGUUGGAGGGAGACAGUGAUGACCAGUUGGAGGACUCGGACAGUGAAGAACAUUCCAGAUCAGAGUCAGUAAUAGGCCAGCCAUCACAGCGAGAAAACUUGGAGGUGAGCUUAGGAGUGACGGCGCUGAGUGUACUGCAGCAGCCAGAGAAGCUCCAGUGGGAGGUGGUGGCAAGCGUGCUGGAGGACACUGUCAAAGACCUGGAAGAGUUGGGGGCCAAUCCUUCGCUUGCCCAGGUCAAGGCUCACAGUCAGGACAAGGCCAAGGACAAAGUCACUGACCACCACAACAUUCCCUUUCCUUGCCUGCUGGCUGGUGGACUGCUUAACUACUGCUCAGCAGCAACCUCCCCCCUGGCUGGUCCCCCAGCCCCUGCAUCGGGUUGCAGGACCGCAGAUGGUUCUCGUAGGACUCAAGGUGCUCAGCUCUCCAAUAAUGGGCCUCUACAAGACCAAGGCCCUAUGGAGACGGAGACCUGUAACCCCCCACCGUCUGCUCAGGAGCUGGGCUUACCCAACCAAGCAGGACCCCUUCCUCCAUUCCCCUCUGCCCUGCAGGCCAUUCACAGAACUAUGCCUGUGCUGCUGCUGUACAGUAUCAAGGAAGUCGAUGACAAGUCGUCAGGGAAGAUGUUCACCCAAAUGAACAAUCUCAUGAGUAAAGGGCUCCAUGAGGAGGGCUUCACUGUGCCACAGAUCAUUGAGAUGGAGUUUGAUACACAUGAGCAACUGCUUCUUCAGGACCCUCCCAUUACCUAUAUCCAGCAGUUUGCUGAUGCGACAGCGAACUUGGCAUGCCUGGACAGUCAUGUGGACAAGUGGGGCACACUGGGUACAGCCAGUGUCUCCACGCCACCUCGGCCUGGAGCCCUUGUGCAAUGCUUGAGGCUGCCUAAACAGCUUGAAGAGGAGAAUUUAUAUGUGGACUCUAUCACACCCUGCUGGGAUGGUGUACAUCUUCUGGUGGGGCUGCAGCCAUGUGGUUUUGAGAGUCUAAGCGCCAUAAAUCAAGUAGAGGCUCUCAACAACCUUAAUCGCCUGCACUCAGCCCUUCACAGCCUGCGCACAGGCGACACAACCCUCACGAUGUCCAACGGGGUGGAGGCUCACCAUCCAGGGGGCUCACCCAUCCAAACACCCCUCAUUCUACCCAGAGCUGACCAACAGCAGCAAAUGUCUCUGGGUGGUGGGAGUGGAGGGGGCUAUCUGGCUCUCUACAAGCUCAAUUACUCCACUCGCAUUGUCACCUUAGAUAAGGAACCUGUUAAGGUGCAGCACAUUCAUGACCCACGCGAUGCCAUUACCUCUCUGAUAUUGCUUCCUCCAGAUGUGCUGGAUGGCAGGGAGGAUGAUAGUGAGGAGGCCCCUGAGGAGGCCAUCCCACCUGGCCCAAAAAAUGGUUGUUCUGGCUUUGGGGCUGGCCCUGCAGGGUCCUCUGGAUCUGUUACCAGCAGCACUUGUGGAGCAACCACCAGCACUAAUAUCACCGGUCUUUCCACCACUACCUCCAGCCCCAAAGAGUGCAAACGGAUGGAUGUGGCAGGCCUGGGCCAUUUGGUGGUGACCACGCAGGCUGGGUACAUCAUGAUCCUGGACUUGUCCACUUUGGAAGUCCUUGCCAAGGUGGAACCACCCAAGAAAGAGGGCUCAGCAGAAGAAAUAGACCCAUUUGUCUCAGUCACCUAUUGUUCUGGGACUGACCGCCUGUGUGCCUGCACAAAAGGUGGAGAACUUCAUUUCCUUCAAAUUGGAGGCGUUUGUGAUGAUAUCGAUGACGGCGACAUGUUUGUGGAUGGCCCCCUUUCAAAAGGGGCUGAACAGCUACUGGAGGGAGCCAAGCCCUCUUCGAACCCCUCUAGCCCUGGGAUCACAGGAGUGGACCUGCUGGUGGACCAGGCACUGACCACGGAGAGCCUGACCUCACUGGUGGAGCUGACCCGCUUCGAGACCCUGACACCACGUUUCUCGGCCACGGUGCCACCAUGCUGGGUGGAGGUACAGCAGGAGCAGCAGCAGCGCCGCCACCCUCAGCACCUCCACCAGCAGCACCAUGGAGACGCAGCGCAGCACACCCGCACCUGGAAGCUCCAGAGCGACAGCUCAAGCUGGGACGAACAUGUGUUUGAGCUUGUGCUGCCCAAAGCAUGCAUGGUGGGCCACGUCGACUUCAAGUUUGUCCUGAGUGCAAACAUCACCAACAUUCCCCAGAUCCAGGUCACCCUGCUGAAGAACAAAGCACCAGGGCUAGGCAAAGUCAGCGAGACUGCAGUUGACAGGCAAAUCUCCUUCCCUCUGUCCCACGUCCUUCAUACCAAUGGGGAGAGGAAUGGUCAGCCCCUCCUACAUGACUUCUCAGAGGACAUCCAGUUCAUGGACAUAGAGGAAACACCAGGCUCCAUGCUAUGUCCAUUCCUAGAUGACCAUAAAGAAGACAUCCUGUGUGGUCCUGUGUGGCUGGCCAGCGGCCUGGACCUGUCUGGCCAUGCUGGCAUGCUCAGCCUAACCAGCCCCAAACUAGUCAAAGGCAUGGCAGGAGGAAAAUACCGCUCCUUCCUGGUGCACAUAAAGGCAGUGAGUGACAAAGGUAUGGAGGAGAGCCCGCGGCCCAUUGUACGCAUGCCCAGCGCCAAGCCCCAGAGCACCAAAGCCCAGUCGCUCUCCACCCUGCUGCAGCGAGCGCAGGCCUGCAAGGAAAAGGCCUCAACAUCUAAACCAGAGACUCCAACACCCUCAAAAAAGCCAGACAACCUGCGAGGCUGUGACCUGCUUCAGGAGGUAUCGGUCACCAUCCGAAGGUUCAAGAAGACCUCAAUCCCUAAAGAAAGGGUCCAGCGUUGCGCCAUGCUCCAGUUCCCUGACUUCCACGAGAAACUGCUAAACGCCCUGUGUAAGCGGUCCGAGGACGGCCCAUGCACGGAGCAUGCCCAGAGCCUGAUGCUGGACAUCUUGUGCUGGCUGGCUGGAGUGUACUCAAAUGGACCCUGCAGCCAGAGGGAAGGAAAGGACGGCUUGCUGGUGAAAACGCAGAGGAGACUCACUGAUAUUGUGCGGGUAUGCCUGUUUGAGGCCUGCCGGAGUAUAGCCCAUAAAUGUGCCCGCUUUCUUGCACUUUGUAUAAGCAAUGGAAAAGGAGAGCCAAGUCAACAGGGUUUCAGCACGAGUCUUCUGAAGGCUCUGCUGGACAACAUGCCUUACUUACCUGCUGCUGCAACAGGUGGGUCGGUGUUCUGGUACUUUGUGCUGCUGAAUUACGUGAAGGAGGAGGACUUGGCAGGCUGCAGCACGGCCUGUGCCUCCCUGCUCACUGCUGUAUCGCACCAGCUGCAGGACCGUCUCACGCCCCUGGAGGCCCUGCUGCAGACCAGAUAUGGUCUGUACAGUUCUCCGUUUGACCCGGUCCUGUUUGACCUGGAGGUCAGCGGGUCGUCGUGUAAGAAUGCUUUCAACAGCAACAUCGGAGUCCAGUCAGAUGAGAUCGACCUCUCCGACAUUCUCUCAGGGAACGGAAAGGUGAGCAGCUGUGCUGCAGCCGAGGGCAGCUUCACCGCCCUGACGGGGCUCCUAGAAGUGGAGCCCCUGCACUUUACCUGUAUCUCCACCAGUGACGGCACGCGGGUGGAGCGUGAUGAUGCCAGCAUGUUCACAGUGAGUACGUUUGGCGUGACCCCAACAGUGGGGGGGUUGUCCACCGGCACGGCGGGUGAGGCGUCCACGGCGUUGAGCUCUGCCGCUCAGGUUGCACUACAGUCCCUGUCCCACGCCAUGGUGUCAGCUGAGCAGCAGCUCCAGGUGCUGCAGGAGAAACAGCAGCAGCUGCUCAAACUGCAGCAGCAGAAGGCCAAGUUGGAGGCCAAGCUGCACCAGACCACCUCAGCAGCAGCUGCCGCUGCAUCCGGUGUGGGACCAAUCCACAACUCGGUGCCUUCCAACCCGUCCUCUGCCCCGGGCUUCUUCAUUCACCCUUCUGACGUCAUCCCCCCUACUCCCAAGACCACGCCCCUCUUCAUGACUCCCCCCCUCACCCCACCCAACGAGGCGGUGUCGGCAGCUUUCAGCGCUGAGCUGGCCCACCUCUUCCCCGGCUCCAUGAUGGACCCUGGGCCUGUCAACCUGGUCGCACACAACAAGAACAGCCAGAAAACCAAGCCGAGCCCUGUUGGGAGCGGUUUGGCAUUGGCCAUCUCCCAAGCUUCCCACUUCCUGCAGCCACCUCCACACCAGUCCAUCAUCAUAGAACGCAUGCACUCUGGAGCACGUCGGUUUGUGACACUGGACUUUGGCCGUCCUGUGCUGCUGACUGAUGCCCUGAUUCCUACUUGCGGGGACCUGGCCUCUCUUUCCAUAGACAUCUGGACGCUGGGUGAGGAGGUGGACGGCCGUAGGCUGGUGGUGGCUACGGACAUAAGCACCCACUCCCUCAUACUGCAUGACCUGCUGCCCCCACCUGUCUGCAGGUUCAUGAAGAUAACUGUGAUUGGCCGCUACGGUAGCACCAAUGCACGGGCAAAGAUCCCGUUGGGUUAUUACUAUGGCCACACCUAUCUCUUGCCUUGGGAGAGCGAGCUGAAGUUGAUGCAUGACCCGCUGCGAGGUGAGAGCGAGGCGGCCAGUCAGCCACCUGUCGAUCAGCACCUGGCCAUGAUGGUGGCGCUGCAGGAGGAUAUCCAGUGCAGGUACAAUUUGGCAUGCCACCGGUUAGAGACACUCCUGCAAAACAUUGACCUGCCGCCGCUCAACAGUGCCAAUAAUGCCCAGUACUUCCUGCGCAAGCCUGACAAGGCAGUAGAGGAGGACCAGCGCGUCUUCUCAGCCUAUCAGGACUGCAUCCAGCUGCAGCUGCAGCUCAACCUGGCCCACCAUGCCGUCCAAAGGUUGCGUGUGUCCCUGGGUGCGUGCCGCAAAACGCUACCCGAGGUGGGACCCGGGGCCCCUGAGGCCCUGGAGCUCAUUCAGAACUCAUCCACAGAACAGCUGAGGACCAUCAUUCGAUACCUGCUGGACACACUGCUCAGCCUGCUGCAUUCCAAUAAUGGCCACUCUGUGCCCUCAGUGCUCCAGAACACCUUUCAUGCUCAAGCGUGCGAGGAGCUCUUCAAGCACUUGUGCAUCAGUGGUACGCCCAAGAUCCGUCUGUACACAGGCCUUCUGCUGGUGCAGCUAUGUGGGGGUGAGCGCUGGUGGGGUCAGUUCCUCUCCAACGUGCUGCAGGAGCUGUACAACUCUGAACAGCUGCUCAUCUUCCCCCAGGACAGGGUGUUUAUGUUACUGUCCUGUAUUGGCCAAAGAUCACUAAGCAACAGCGGUGUGCUGGAGAGUCUCCUCAACCUCUUGGACAGCCUGCUGUCCCCAUUACAGCAGCCCCUUGCUGCCCACCAGCGCAGGACUGAAGGUGUGCUGGACAUCCCCAUGAUCAGCUGGGUGGUGAUGUUGGUCUCCAGACUGCUGGACUACGUGGCCAGUGUAGAGGACGAAGCUUCCGGUGGAAAGAAGCACCUUGUCGGGAAGGACAGAGAGAGGACCUUCACAGGUAAUCAGUGGAGCUUCAUCAACAACAGCCUUCAGUCUCAGAACUCCAGCAGAGCCACCAAAGGGAACAGCAGCCUGGACCGACUCUACUCGCGCAAGAUCCGCAAGCAGCUCGUCCACCACAAACAGUUAAAUCUAUUGAAAGCAAAACAAAAAGCUUUGGUGGAGCAGAUCGAGAAGGAGAAGAUCCAGAGCAACAAAGGAUCUUCCUACAAACUGCUGGUGGAGCAGGCUAAGCUCAAGCAGGCCACAUCCAAGCACUUUAAGGACCUGAUUCGUCUGCGGCGUACGGCCGAGUGGCCUCGCUCCACACUCGACACAGAGGCGGCAACAGCCAAGGAGGCCCCAGAGGUGGAGCUGAUGCCUUUCACGCUUGCCCACGAACGUUGCAUCACCGUCGUCCAGAAACUGGCCCUCUUCCUGCUCUCAAUGGACUUCACCUGCCAUGCUGACCUGCUGCUCUUUGUCUGCAAGGUCCUGGCUAGGAUAGCAAAUGCGACCCGGCCCACAAUUCACCUUUGUGAGGUGGUGUCUGAGCAACAGCUGGAGCGACUGUUGCUCCUUUUAGUAGGGACAGACUUCAACCGCGGGGAUAUCUCUUGGGGGGGUGCCUGGGCACAAUAUUCCCUUACCUGCAUGCUACAGGACAUCCUGGCAGGUGAGCUGCUGUCACCAGGCCCGUUGGAUGUCAUUGAUGAGGUGGUAGUUGCCGAGGAAGCAGCGGCCUCCUCUUCCUCGGUGGGGGCAGACUCCGACGACUCUCUGCCCCAGGCGGCAGCUAUUCCCUUGGUGGGGAACAUCGACGAGGCCCUGGCACCUGAUAUCAUCGCAGGUGCUCCACCUCUAUCAUCUUUGGAAAAAGAUAAAGACAUAGACUUUGACUUGCUACAAGACCUGAUGGAUGUUGAUAUUGAUCCUUUAGAUAUUGAUUUGGAAAAAGAUCCACUCGCCGCCAAAGUUUUUAAGCCAAUAAGCAGCACCUGGUAUGACUAUUGGGGUGCGGACUAUGGCACAUAUGGGUAUAACCCUUACAUAGGGGGUGUGGGCAUCCCAGUGUCUAAACCUCCAGCUGCAACUGAAAAGCCCGGCUCGCAGGGUCUCUCAGUCUCCGUCUCACAAGCCUUGGACGCCCGUCUAGAGGUGGGCCUUGAGCAGCAGGCAGAGCUGAUGCUCAAAAUGAUGGCCACUCUGCAGGCGGACUCCAUCCUCCAGGCACUCACCUCAACCUCCCCUACAGUGACCCAGGCCUCCAAUGGGACUGAUGACUCCUUGCUGAGGGGGCUGCAUGGAGGAGGCUCCCCUCCAAGUUGCUGCCUGAUGGUCCAGACCUCCUCCAUCCCCUUGCUGAGUGCCUGUUUCAACAAGCUCUUCUCCAUGCUCCAGGUGCACCAUGUUCAGUUGGAGUCCCUGCUACAGCUGUGGUUGACCCUCAGUCUCAACUCCUGCUCCAACGGCAGUGAAGAGAGUGGAUCGGACAUCUUCCUCUUCAACGCCAGUCGAGUGCCAACCAUCCCACUCAACCAAGCAUCCAUUGGCAGUUUCCUGACUGUUCUGGCUUGGUACCCCAACACCUCCCUGAGGACCUGGUGCCUGGUGCUCCAUUCUCUGACACUGAUGACCAACAUGCCGGCCUGUGCCUCGAACAGCGGGAUGAACGCCCGGGAGAGCACAGCCCAGCAGAUGGUAUCUGACCCCACUCUGGUGCAUGUCCUGGUGCGCUUCCUUUCCGGCAGCAACCCCCAUGGGACGAGCCAGCACAGCUCGCAGGUGGGGCCCACCGCCACCCAGGCCAUGCAGGAGUUUCUCACCCGGCUGCAGGUGCACCUCUCCUCUACCUGUCCUCAGAUGUUCAGCGAGUUCCUGCUCAAGCUGAUGCACACCCUGUCCAGUGAGAGGGGUCCGUUCCAGUCAGGCCAAGGUCCGUUGGAUGCCCAGGUCAAGCUACUGGAGUUCACUCUGGAGCAGAACUUUGAGGUGGUGUCGGUCAGCACCAUCUCCUCGGUCAUAGAGUCCAUCACAUUCCUGGUGCACCAUUAUAUCACCUGCUCUGACAAGGUGGUGUCGCGGAGUGGCUCAGACAGCUCCGUUGGCGCCCGGGCCUGCUUUGGUGGCCUGUUUGCCAACAUUAUCCGGCCAGGGGACGCCAAGGCGGUGUGUGGAGAGACCACACGUGACCAACUGAUGUUUGAUCUUCUCAAGCUGGUCACUGUGCUGGUACAGCUUCCUCUCUCUGGCGAUAGGGAGUUCAGCGGACGUGUGCCACCAGCCGGAUGUGGAGCAGCUGAUAGCAGCGUCUCGGAUGAGGAGAAGGUGUGUGGUAGCAAAGAGGGCUUAACUGGAGGAUCCAUGCCCAAUCAGGGCCCUGCUGCAGGCGUGGCCGACCUGGUCUUGGCUAAUCAACAGAUAAUGAGCCAGAUCCUCUCUGCACUGGGCCAAUGUAACAGCAGCGCUAUGGCAAUGAUCAUAGGAGCUAGUGGUCUCCACCUGACCAAACAUGAGAACUUCCACGGUGGUCUGGAUGCUAUCUCCGUAGGGGAUGGCCUGUUCACCAUCCUCACCACCCUCAGCAAGAGGGCCACCUCGGUCCAGGUCAUGCUGCAGCCCAUCCUUACCUACAUGGCCUGUGGCUACAUGGGCAGGCAGGGUUCUCUCUCCACCUGUCAGCUGUCAGAGCCUCUGCUGUGGUUCAUCCUCCGCGUCCUGGACACCAGCGAGGCUCUCAAGGCGUUCCAUGAGAUGGGUGGUGUGCAGUUAAUCUGUAACAACAUGGUGACCAGCACCCGGGCCAUAGUGAACACAGCACGUAGCAUGGUGUCCACCAUCAUGAAGUUUCUGGACUCUGGCCCUGGAAAGGCGGCUGAUGGCAGCCUCAAAGCUCGCGUCAUGACCUCAGAGCCCGACAACGCUGAGGGACUCCACAAUUUUGCUCCUCUAGGCACCAUCACCUCCAGCAGCCCUACCGCGCAGCCGGCAGAGGUCCUUCUCCAGGCCACACCUCCUCACCGACGGGCGCGUUCAGCUGCCUGGUCCUACAUCUUCCUGCCUGAGGAGGCGUGGUGUGACCUCACCAUCCACCUCCCUGCUGCAGUGUUACUGAAGGAGCUCCACAUCCAGCCACACCUUGCCAAUCUUGCCACAUGCCCGUCCUCCGUCUCAGUGGAGAUCAGCGCCGAUGGGGUCAACAUGUUACCUCUCUCCACACCAGUGAUCACCAGCGGUCUCACCUACAUCAAGAUCCAGCUGGUGAAAGCAGAGGUGGCGUCUGCCGUCUGCCUGAGACUCCACCGACCACGGGACGCCAGCACACUGGGUCUGUCUCAGAUCAAGCUCCUGGGACUGACGGCGUUUGGCAACACCUCAUCUGCCACAGUCAACAACCCCUUCCUGCCCUCUGAGGACCAGGUUUCUAAAACCAGUAUUGGCUGGCUCCGUCUGCUCCACCAUUGUCUGACACAUGUCAGUGACUUGGAGGCCAUGAUGGCCAGUGCUGCUGCACCCACCGCUAACUUGCUGCAGACUUGCGCCGCCUUGCUCAUGUCACCCUACUGCGGCAUGCAUUCACCCAACAUCGAGGCCGUGCUGGUCAAGAUCGGCCUGCAGUCCACGCGUAUCGGCCUCAAACUUAUCGACAUCCUGCUGAGGAACUGUGCAGCCUCUGGCACAGACCCUGCCAAUCUGAACAGUCCUUUGCUGUUUGGCCGACUAAACGGCCUCUCAUCAGACUCCACCAUAGACAUUCUCUACCAGAUCGGUACCACCCAGGAUCCUGGCACUAAAGACAGGAUCCAAGCCUUACUCCAGUGGGUUCAUGAUUCAUCGAGGAUGGCGGCCCACAGACGGAGUGGCCCCAUUGGUUACACCAGCCCCAGCUCUGGCUCGUCGUCCUCUUCUAGGGAGUAUGGCCUCCUCAUGCCCUCUCCCUCCCACCUCCACUGUGUGGCAGCCAUCUUGUGGCACAGCUAUGAGCUACCUGCUGACUAUGACCUCGCGGUGCUGCUCAACAGAGAGCUCUUUGAACUGCUGUACAACUGGUCCAUGUCUCUCCCCUGCAACCUGGUGCUGAAAAAAGCAGUAGACAGCCUGUUGUGCUCCAUGUGCCACAUCCACCCCAGCUAUUUCUCCCUGCUUAUGUCCUGGAUGGGAAUCGUAGCAAUGCCCACCACCAGCCACUCCCAGGCCCAGCACCACCGCCUAGCCAUGACUGACGAUGGCAAGAAGCAGCACGAUGCCAACGCUACAGCUGCAGGGCUUACAGAUGACUCAAAGCACGCAAGGCCGCCCAUCAAUCUGUCUGAGUCCCAGUUAACCACUCUGGCAGCUGUCUCACAGUCUCCAGGAGCGAUAGAGCAGCUGCUGGACUCUGGCUUGCCCUCGCUGCUGGUCCGCAGCCUGGCCCAGCUGUGCUGUGGCCUCCUCGUCAGUGCUGAUCUCCCCCUUCCUGCUGCCCAGGCCGAGCGGCGGCAACACUAUCACCAUCACUACCACCACUCAUCCUCGCACAGUCAGCCACCACUGUCAGCAGAACUGGCAGCUCCAGUGCUGCGCUUCCUAACAGAGGUGGGAAACAGUCACACCAUGAAAGACUGGCUGGGUGGACCGGAGGUCAACCCACUGUGGACGGCCUUACUUUUUCUGCUGUGCCACUCCAGUGCCAGUGCUGGUUCUAGUCCGGGUGCCCAAACCAUAGGAAGUGGUGCCACUUCGUGUUCGCCUCCAGCCCAGUCAGCUCAGCCAUCUACAAAUUGCUACUCAUUAGCUGCUUCUGGACGGGCGGGUGGGCUCACCACUCAGCAGAGAACAGCUCUGGAGAAUGCCACUGUGGCCUUCUUCCUCCAGUGUAUCUCCUGUCAUCCAAAUAACCAGCGGCUCAUGGCUCAGGUUCUCUGUGAGCUUUUCCAGUCGGCACCCCAGCGCGGCAAUGUGCCCAUCUCUGGAAACAUUUCAGGCUUCAUUCGUCGGCUAUUCCUACAGCUCAUGCUGGAGGAUGAGAAGGUCACAGUCUUCCUGCAGUCUCCCUGUCCGCUGUACAAAGGGCGCAUCAACGCAACCAGCCACAUCAUCCAGCACUCCAUGUACGGAGCAGGUCACAAGUACCGCACCCUCCACCUGCCGAUCUCCACCACCCUGAACGAAGUCCUGGACAGAGUAUCUGACACCCCAAGCAUCACGGCCAAGCUCAUCAAUGAGCAGAAAGAAGACAAAGAAAAAAAGAACCAUGAGGAGAAAGAGAAGAUGAAAGCUGACAGCGGUUUCCAAGACAACUACAGUGUCGUCGUGGCCUCAGGGUUAAAGUCUCAGUCGAAGCGUGCCCUCUCCACACCACCCCGCCCACCUUCUCGGAGGGGCCGUGUGAUGAGUGACAAGCUGACUGCUACCUCCAAUGUGGACCCCGCUGCCAAAACCAUCAGCGUGCCUGUCUUCCACCUCUACCACAAGUUGCUUCCAGGUCAGCCCCUCCCAGCUGAGAUGACCCUGGCCCAGCUACUGACCCUGCUGUAUGAUCGCAAGCUACCGCAGGGCUACCGUUCCAUCGACCUGACUGUCAAACUGGGUUCAAAGGUCAUCUCUGACCCCGGUCUCUCCAAGACGGAUUCCUUCAAGAGGCUACGCACAGAGAAAGUGGAACACUGUGACAUGCUGAACGCUUGCCCGGAGGACGAGCCGAUGACGCCUAGUGAGGAAUGCCUGGAUGCUGCCAUCGACGAGUCCCUGCUAGAGACCAACCCCAUCCAGUCCCCGUUGCAGGUGUUUGCUGGCAUGGGCGGUCUUGCCCUCAUUGCUGAGAGGCUGCCCAUGCUCUACCCUGACGUCAUCCAGCAGGUAAGUGCCCCGGUGGUGCCCUCCACCACGCAGGAGAAGCCCAAGGACAGUGACCAGUUUGAGUGGGUGACCAUCGAGCAGUCGGGCGAACUGGUGUACGAGGCGCCUGAGACCAUUACUGCCGAGCCACCACCCCCACCCCUCAACAAGCAGCAGCCAUCGCAGUCGUCAUCCUCCUCGGUGCAGACCAUGUCGCCCAUCCCUGCUCACUCCCUGGCGGCCUUCGGCCUCUUCUUGCGCCUUCCUGGCUACGCAGAGGUGCUGCUGAAGGAACGGAAGCACGCCCAGUGUCUGCUGCGCCUGGUGCUGGGGGUCACGGACGACGGGGAGGGCAGUCACAUCCUGCAGUCUCCGUCGGCCAACGUGCUGCCCACGCUACCCUUCCAUGUGCUGCGAGCUCUGUUUAGCAGUGCUCCCCUGACCACAGACGACGGUGUCCUGCUGCGUCGCAUGGCCCUGGAAAUCGGCGCCAUCCACCUCAUCCUGGCCUGCUUGUCAGCCCUCAGCCAUCAUGCACCCCGAGUCCCUAAUGCAAACACCAGCACCUCUGAGCCCCAGAUGUCCAGUGGUCAUGGCGGGGGUACCACCGAAGAGCAACAACUAUACUGGGCCAAGGGAACAGGCUUUGGUACUGGGUCCACAGCUUCUGGAUGGGAUGUGGAGCAGGCCCUUACUAAACAACGGCUAGAGGAGGAGCAUGUCACCUGCCUGCUGCAGGUUCUUGCCAGCUAUAUCAACCCAGCAAGCUGUAUGGUGGGCCACAGUGGCGAGGCCCCUACAGGAGAGAACAGAGCCCAAAACAGCACGGCCCUGCCAGCUGUGCUACAUGAGCUGCUCACGCAGUCCUGCCUCGUCCCCGCCAUGUCCUCCUACCUCCGCAACGACUCAGUGCUGGAUAUGGCGCGCCACGUGCCCCUGUACCGGGCGCUGCUAGAGCUUCUCCGGGCCAUCUCCACCUGCACCGCCCUGGUGCCUCUGCUGUUACCCCUGUCUGGAGACAUAGGGCAGGAGGAGGAGGGAGAAGAGGAGCACUCUGAGGGGCAAACCUCUGUGGGCAUGCUACUGGCCAAAAUGAAGACAUGCGUGGACACGUACACCAACCGCCUCAGGUCAAAGAAAGACAAGAGCAAAGGUGUUGUGAAAACAGAUAGCUCCGAUCCAGAGCCCGAGGGCCUGACCCUGCUGGUGCCAGACAUUCAAAGGACAGCUGAGAUAGUCUAUGCUGCUACCACCAGCCUACGGCAGGCCAACCAGGAGAGGAAACUGGCAGAGUUUUCAAAGAAGGCGUCUAGUCGGCCCAAACCGUUGUCCAUCCUACACUCCCUGGAGGAGAAGUAUGUGUCUGCCAUGAAGAAGCUCCAGUUUGACACCUUUGAGAUGGUCUCGGAGGAUGAGGAUGGGAAGCUGGUCUUCAAGGUGAACUACCACUACAUGUCUCAGGUGAAGAAUGCCAGCGAUGCCAACAGCGCCGCCCGUGCCCGCCGCCUGGCCCAGGAGGCCGUCACCCUCUCCACCUCCCUGCCCCUCUCUUCCUCCUCCAGCGUGUUUGUCCGCUGCGAUGAGGAGAGGCUGGACAUCAUGAAGGUUCUCAUCACUGGCCCCGCCGACACGCCGUACGCCAACGGCUGCUUUGAGUUUGAUGUGUAUUUCCCCCAAGACUAUCCCAACUCCCCCCCGCUGGUCAACCUGGAGACCACCGGGGGCCACAGUGUGCGCUUCAACCCUAACCUCUACAACGAUGGCAAAGUGUGUUUAAGUAUCCUCAACACGUGGCAUGGGAGACCAGAGGAGAAGUGGAACCCACAGACCUCCAGUUUUUUACAGGUGCUGGUGUCGGUGCAGUCUCUCAUCCUGGUGGCUGAGCCCUACUUCAACGAGCCGGGGUACGAGCGUUCACGCGGCACCCCCAGUGGCACCCAGAGCUCCCGGGAGUACGACGGAAACAUCCGGCAGGCCACAGUCAAGUGGGCCAUGCUGGAGCAGAUGCGCAACCCCUCACCCUGCUUCAAAGAGGUGAUCCACAAGCACUUCUACCUGAAACGGGCGGAGAUCGUAGCGCAGUGCGAGGAGUGGAUUGCAGACAUCCAACAGUACAGCAGCGACAAGAGGGUGGGCCGCACCAUGUCCCACCAUGCUGCCGCCCUUAAGAGACACACGGCUCAGCUGCGAGAGGAGAUCCUCAAGCUUCCUUGCCCCGAGGGGCUGGAGGCCGACGGGGACAAGUUCUCCGAGAAGAGCCUCGCCCUCAUGGUGAAGGAGCCAUCCAGUCAGGAGGCGGAGAAGCCGGGCGGCAGCCAGGACAGCCACUGCAGCGACGGCCAAUUAUGAGUUCUCGCUCUCUCACCCCGCCCGCUGCCUUCUCCUCCUGAGCUCCUCCCGCCCUCCUAGACCCCGCCCCUGAGCCCACCCAGCCUGACCCCACCUCCUCCUAACUAUUACUAUUGCUAUUAAACAGACUUGAUGGCUGCGGAAGACGAGCCACAAUUUUGUCAAUAUUUGUAUGUAAAAAAAAAAACAAAUCGCUGAAGCGAGAGAGGAAGCGGCGAGACGACAAAAGUGGAACAUCGCUUACAAAACUUGACGAUUAGUAGACAAAUUCCGAACUAUGCUAUGCCCUUAUUAAAACAACAUGGUGGUCAACAAAAAACUUUUAUUUACCUGUAUAAGAGUGUAAACUUUUUGUGCAUUUUUUCCAAUUGUGAAAUAACCACUGAUUGGUAUGUUAUUAAACAUGUUUAUGUAUACAUAAUGAUCGAGCAAAUCAGAUUAUAUAAGGGAAACUACCUUUAGAGAAGAAUGUUUACUGAAUGUUCAUUUUUGUUUGUUUGUUUUUUGGGGUUUUUUUGUGUUUUGUUUUUUUUUGGGGGGGGGGGCGGCUGUUAGAAACGACAACAGUUGUAACCAAGGAUAUAUUGGUCAUUCUUCAAGGAUACUAUUUUACAAAUAAGAAAUAUACCUAAGUACUAAAUUUAAGGACACCCGGUCGCCCGCUGACAUUGUUUCUUUUCAUUUCUACAGGAUCCUGUACACUUCAAUAAAGGCUAAUUUCGACAUUCUUAAGUGCGAUGAUGUUAUCCAUUUUACCAGCUACUCUGAAAAGCAACAUGUGAUGGAUAAACUUCUUUUUUUUUCUUUUCUUUUUUUUUUUGCCUCAAAUUCUCAAUGUGAGUUUAGCGAACGGGAUCUGUGCCCAGAACUGAUACGACUGUAGAUCAGAAGACUGGGACUACACCGAUCAGCCAAACCAUUAAAACCAUCUGCCUAAUAUUGUGUAGGACCCCCUCGUUCCGCCAAAACAGCUCUGACCUGUCGAGGCGUGGACUCCACAAGACCUCUGAAGGUGGCCUCUGGUAUCUGGCACCAAGACGUUAGCAGCAGACCCUUUAAGUCCUGUAAGUUGCGAGGUGCGGCCUCCGUGGAUCGGACUUGUUUUUCCAGCACAUCCCACAGAUGUUCGAUCAGAUUGAGAUCUGGGGAAUUUGGAGGCCAAGGCGACACCUUGAACUCUUCCUCAUGUUCCUCAAACCGUUCCUGAACAAUGUGUGCAGUGUGGCCGGGAGCAUCAUCCUGCUGAAAGAGGCUGCUGCCAUCAGGGAAUACCGUAGCCGUGAGGGGGUGAACCUGGUCUGCAAUGAUGUUUAGGUAGGUGGUACGUGUCAAAGUAACAUCCACAUGAAUGCCAGGACCCAAGGUUUGCCAGCAGAACAUUGUCCAGAGCAUCACACUGCCUCCACCGGCUUGCCUUCUGCCCAUAAUGCAUCCUGGUGCCAUCUCUUCCCCAGGUUAAUUAUGCUCACGCAUCCGGCCGUCCACAUUAUACAAAAGAAAAUGUGAUUCAUCAGACCAGGCUACCUUCUUCCACUGCUCCAUAGUCCAGUUCUGAUGCUCGUGUGCCCAUUGUAGAAGCUUCCCGUAGUGGACAGGGGUCAUCAUGGGCACUCUGACUGGUCUGCAGCUAUGCAGCCCCAUACACAGUAAGCUGUGAUGCACUGGUGUUCUGACACCUGUCUGUCUUAGCCAGCAUGAACUUUUCCAGCAAUUUGAGCUACAGUAGCUCUUCUGUGGGAUCAGACCAGACAGGCUAGCCUUCACUCCCCAUGCGCAUCAGUGAGCCUUGGGCGCCAGUUUGCCGGUUCACUGGGAUGUCCUUCCUUGGACUACUUUUGGUAAUUACUGAACACCUCACAAGACCUGCAGUUUUGGAGAUGCUCUGACCCAGUCAUCUAGCCAUCACAAUUUGACCCUUGUCAAAGUCACUCAAAUCCUUACGCUUGCCCAUUUGUCCUGCUUCUGACAAGAACUGGCUCUCCCCUUGCUGCCUGAUACAUCCCACCCCUUGACAGGUGCCACUGUAAUGAGAUGUUAUUCACGUCCCUGUCAGUGGUUUUAGUCUUUUGGCUGGUCGGUGUAUGCAAGAUGCACAUGGGAUCUGUAUUUGAAGGCUUGCGCAUGUAGUGUGUGUGUUCAAUGUGCGUGUGCAACAAUCCCUAGUGAGAUACAAAGCUGUGAUGUGCCUUUGAUCUACAUCAUACCACCAAAUACCCUGCGGGAGCACCUUUGCCCAUUUAUUUGCUGUUUCUACAAAUUGAUUAAUUCAGCUCCGUCUGGCAUAAUCUGCUUUGAUCUUUUACUUCUUUUUUUUUUAUUAUUAUUAUUAUUAUUAUUAUUAUGUUGAGUCCAGUGAACCAAAAAAAAUGCACUUUCUAUUUUAUUCACUCCCAGAGCAGUCAUAUACUCUUGCUAGGACAUUAAA